GCGUGUUUUGUCCAAGCGUCAUGUCUCAACGACCACGGAGACGUGUUGUUGCGUGUGUUGAUGGCACCUGGUAUGACGCCGAUGGCCAAGAAGGCAAGACACGGGAACAACAGCAACGUCUUUAGGAUUUUUGCAGCGAUAGCUCGCGGCCCUGUCAGGAAUGAGGACAGCGAGACGGUCGAACAGAUCGUUGAAUAUUUCCCGGGUAUAGGAACGAAUGAGAGGCCUUUGGAGAAGUUCAAUUGUGGUGUCACUGGGGAAGGCUGCGCAGAACAGAUAGCUCGUGUUUACAAGGGACCCGAAGACGAUCUGUGGUUUUACGGCUUCAGCCGUGGUGCAUNNCUGACGGAGCCAGAUGUUGUGACUGCGGUAGCGGGACUGCUAGAAAAGAUAGGUGCUUUGGUGUAUGAUGAGGACUUCGACAAAACAUAUGAGACGGCUCUGAGCCUGCAUAAGGCCAUCCAGAAGGGUCAUGUCAGAGAAAACUCGGGCAAGGCAUAUACCGUGAAGCGUGUCAACAGCGAUCUCGAUUCGACAGCACAUUCGUUAGCUUUUCACGAUUCUCUCCAACACGUCCGUCAUGCUCUCGCGCUGAACGAUACACGUUCGCACUUUAAGCCAGAAAUGUACGGCUCAAUCACCGACAGUGAGUCACUCCGAGGUCGAUCUCUGAUCGAAGCCUGGUUUGUGGGUGCACAUGCAGAUAUAGGUGGCGGAGCAAGAGACGAUGGGCUCUCGCUAUAUCCUCUCCAGUGGCUCUUGAUUGAGAGUGAGAACCAAGGUCUCGUUCUGCAGCACAAUUCUCAGACAGCGCUGAUAGAGGAUCCUCUGGCUUUGGUCAUUCCGUCUCGGAAGUCUGGCUUGACAAGCGAUGAAGCCGCUACACCCAGUCCGCCAUGGGAAUAUCACUAUGCAAACGGUAUAAAGGUUCAGAUGCAUGAUCUGAGGUUGUCUCAUAACCACGGGAAUAUGCAGGCACUGACAAAGCCGACAAAGAAGAGGCCUGGCUUUGACAUCUAUAAGAGGUCCUACACGAUCGCUACUCUGACGCCCAAGGAGUCGGCCACGGCCGUCAGCGCUUCCGAUUCCGUAAGGCGACACAGUGAGAAUGAUACCCAACGCAAGAAGGGUGGCUUCAUACGCGGACUUUUCGGGAGAAAGAAGUCAGUGGACGCAUCGUCAGGUCCGACAACUCCUACAAGCCCCCGAGAUCUCGACAGGAUUGUCGAGUCAAGCUCUAGCGAGCCUUUACCGGUGCGACACACUGUUCGUCUGAAUUCAGGGUUCCCGCACGUCACUUUUCAGUCGUCCCGAGACCCAUUUCGCAAUGGUAGGCUACAAAGCCACGUUGAAAGCAAGCAUGGUGCUUUUGGAACCAUCAUCCACCCUUCAGUAUACUUUGUCAUGGAUGUUUAUGCCCGCUACGGGAUAGAGACAGCAAUGAAGCCCUUCCAGAAAGACAUAAAUCGCUUUCGCGAUGAACAACAUCCAAACAUGAGAGACCUUUGGCUAAAGUUGGAGAUGGAAGGCGUGCCACAGACCAGUGUAAAAGCAUGCAGAAUACUCGUGUGUGGCCGCACGGGAGUUGGCAAAUCCACUCUCGGGAAGAUACCAAAUCUCAACAUCGACUGGAUUCGACGACGAAGAGUCGAUUCGGUGCCUGGUGAACCAGACACUGGACUUGAUUAUCAAUGA